ACAGAGGAGAUGGUAGAACUUUGGACUCAACGAAGAUAUAAUAGGCAGGAGUUUGUAUGUGUUUGUUAAAAUAGGAGAGAGAGUAACUGAGAGUUAAUGAGAGAGAGAGAGAGUUGACAAAGUGGAAAACCUCUCAGCUCUUCAGUCUCAGUCCCAAAAUCUCAGUUUUAGGGUUUCUUCUCUUGGGUUCUCUGUCUUCUCAGGGUUGAAGAAUUUUCUCGUUUGGGUUUCUCAGAAGCGGGGUUCUUGUGCGCUUAGGGUAUGGAUUUGUUUGAGCCGGAUGGAAAUGGAGCAAAUGGGGUGAAUGGGGUGAAUGGGGCAAAUGGGGUGAAUGGGGCAGAUGGGGUGAAUGGGGCAGAGCAUGCAUUGCCACCCCCACCCCCUGUUAUUCCACCAGAUGUUGUUCCAUUGCGUCCUGAAGCAGAUAACAUUCCUGAACCUGUUAAGAAGAAAAAUGUGCGGGUUCCAAUUGCUAGGCGUGGCCUUGGAACCAAGGGGACAAAGAUACCUCUGGUCACUAAUCACUUCAAAGUGAAUGUUACUAAUAUUGAUGGUUACUUCUUCCACUACAGUGUUUCUGUUUCUUAUGAAGAUGGCCGUCCUCUUGAUGGCAAGGGUGCUGGAAGAAGAAUAAUCGAUAGGGUGCAUGAGACUUAUCACUCUGAGUUAGGUGGAAAGGACUUUGCUUAUGAUGGGGAGAAGAGCCUCUUCACUGUUGGUUCCCUUCCACGAAACAAACUUGAAUUUGCUGUUGUGCUCGAGGAUAUGCCAUCGAACAGAAAUAAUGGAAACACUAGCCCUGAUGGUCAUGGGAGUCCAAAUGAGAGUGACCGGAAGAGAUUAAGGCGCCCAAAUCGGUCUAAAACAUUCAAUGUAGAGAUUAGCUAUGCUGCAAAGAUUCCCAUGAAAGCAAUUGGAGAUGCUCUGCGUGGUCAAGAAUCAGAGAAUUCCCAAGAAGCUCUGAGAGUACUGGACAUCAUAUUAAGACAGCAUGCAUCUAAGCAAGGGUGCCUCCUGGUUCGCCAAUCUUUCUUCCAUAAUGAUCCAAAAAAUUUUGCGGAUGUUGGAGGUGGUGUUCUUGGCUGCAGAGGAUUCCAUUCAAGUUUUAGAACCACCCAGGGUGGCUUGUCUUUGAAUAUUGAUGUAUCUACUACGAUGAUUAUACAGCCUGGGCCAGUGGUGGAUUUUUUAAUUGCCAACCAAAAUGUUAGAGAUCCUUUUUCACUUGACUGGAUGAAGGCUAAACGGACACUCAAGAAUUUGAGGGUCAAAACGAGUCCAUCCAAUCUAGAAUACAAGAUAACUGGUUUGAGUGAGAAGCCAUGCCGGGAGCAAACUUUUACAUUGAGAAACAAACAUGCCAAGGAUGGAGAGGAUGGAGAAAUUGAAGUGACUGUUUAUGACUAUUUUGCUAAUCAUCGCAAUAUACAGUUGCGUUAUUCUGCUGAUCUACCAUGUAUUAAUGUUGGGAAGCCAAAGCGUCCUACUUAUAUCCCCCUGGAGCUUUGUUCUUUGGUGUCCUUGCAACGCUAUACAAAAGCUCUUUCCACACUUCAAAGAGCUUCACUGGUGGAGAAAUCAAGGCAAAAGCCGCAAGAGAGAAUGAGUGUUUUGUCUAAUGCUUUGAAAAUCAACAAUUAUGAUGCUGAACCGAUGCUACGCUCAUGUGGUGUUUCAAUUAGUAGUGGCUUUACUCAAGUGGAAGGCCGUGUUCUACCAGCGCCGAGAUUGAAAGUGGGCAAUGGGGAUGAUUUCUUCCCACGAAAUGGGCGGUGGAAUUUCAACAACAAGAAACUUGUGAAGCCAACUAAGAUAGAAAAGUGGGCUGUUGUCAACUUCUCCGCACGCUGUGAUUUAAAAGGCCUAGUCCGUGAUCUGAUCAAAUGUGGAGAGAUGAAGGGAAUUAGCAUAGAGCCUCCUUUUGAUGUAUUUGAAGAGAAUCCACAGUCUAGACGUGCCCCACCUAUGGUUAGAGUUGAGAGAAUGUUUGAGGAUAUACAGUCCAAACUUCCUGGACAACCACAGUUCCUUCUUUGUUUGCUUCCGGAGAGAAAAAAUAGCGCUCUAUAUGGUCCAUGGAAGAGGAAGAAUCUUGCUGAGUAUGGAAUCGUUACACAAUGCAUUGCUCCUACAAGGGUCAAUGAUCAAUACCUUACAAAUGUUCUGUUAAAGAUCAAUGCUAAGCUUGGUGGGUUAAAUUCACUGUUGGCGGUUGAAUAUUCUCCUUCUAUCCCGGUGGUUUCCAAGGCACCCACAAUCAUUCUUGGGAUGGAUGUGUCACAUGGCUCUCCUGGGCAGUCUGAUGUGCCAUCAAUUGCUGCGGUGGUCAGCUCCAGGCAAUGGCCACUGAUUUCUCGCUACAGGGCAUCUGUUCGUACACAGUCCCCCAAGGUGGAGAUGAUAGACUCCCUAUACAAGCGACUUUCUGAAUCAGAAGAUGAUGGCAUUAUGAGAGAGCUGCUUCUGGACUUCUAUACAAGUUCAGGCAAGCAGAAACCAGACCAGAUCAUCAUAUUCAGGGAUGGAGUCAGCGAGUCUCAAUUCAACCAAGUUUUGAACAUUGAACUGGAUCAAAUCAUUGAGGCAUGCAAGUUUCUCGAUGAGAACUGGAACCCAAAAUUUGUGGUGAUUAUUGCUCAGAAGAACCACCAUACCAAAUUCUUUCAGCCUCCUUCCCCUGACAAUGUUCCUCCUGGAACCAUUAUAGACAACAAAGUUUGUCAUCCAAGAAACAAUGACUUUUAUCUCUGUGCCCAAGCUGGAAUGAUUGGGACCACGAGGCCUACACAUUAUCAUGUUCUUUUAGACGAAGUAGGUUUCUCAGCAGAUGAUCUGCAGGAGCUAGUGCAUUCUCUUUCAUAUGUAUACCAAAGAAGUACCACUGCCAUUUCUGUAGUUGCUCCUGUUUGCUAUGCUCACUUGGCCGCCACUCAGAUGGGACAGUUCAUGAAAUUUGAAGAUGCAUCUGAGACAUCCUCGAGCCAUGGCGGUGUGACCUCUGCUGGAGCAGUUCCUGUCCCUCAACUGCCCAGGCUGAAGGAGAAUGUGUCCAGUUCCAUGUUUUUCUGCUGAGAUCUCUGAGCCUUGAGCAUAUUAAGACUACUCAGAACACUUUGUAUAUAGUUUUUUGUGUACCCUCCCACCAUAGGAGGUUUGAACCGACGGUAGUAAGCUUGUAUUAGUGUACUAGUACCCUGCGUUUGUCAGGCUUUAAUUGCUGGUUGACCUUCAUGUUGACUGUGUGUAGCCAAACUUAUGGGAUUAUGACAUAAUUUCUGUUGGCAUUUGUGUAUUUAGUGGCAUUUGUAUUUUGUGGUUGGUCUUGAGGGUUUGGUUUGUUC